AUGUUCGCUCUCACAAAACACACCCGGCUAUUGGAGCAUCCCCUCCGCUCCCUCCUCAUCCAAGCCAACAGACCUCCGCUGUCCGCUUCCACCCUGCAACGAUUCUCAUCCACCUCAUCCACCUCAUCCACAUCGACAGCAGCCUCCCAUUUCCCAACAGCAAACCCAUCGCCCCCCCAAACCAUAUUUUCCGGCAUUCAACCAACCGGCAUCCCGCACCUCGGCAACCUCCUCGGCGCCCUGCGCACCUGGGUCGCGCUCCAAGACGCCGCUGCGCCCUCCACGAAACUGCUGUACUCAGUCGUGGACCUGCACGCCAUCACGCUAUUCCAGCGGCCGGAGGAGCUGAGGCGGUGGAGGCGCGAGGCGCUUGCGGCCUUGUUGGCGGUGGGGAUUAGGGAGGAGAGAUGCGCUGUUUUUAUGCAGAGUCAGGUACCAGCGCAUUCGGAGCUGAUGUGGAUUUUGAGCUGCACGGCUAGUAUGGGCUAUCUUUCUCGGAUGACACAGUGGAAGAGUAAGCUGUCUUUGGCGGACAACACAUCUCCCCUGGAUGAGAGCAGCAAGUCUAAGCUCAAGCUGGGACUCUUCUCGUAUCCAGUCUUACAGGCGGCCGAUAUCUUGGUGCAUAGGGCUACCCAUGUUCCAGUUGGCGAAGACCAGAGUCAACAUCUCGAGUUCGCCCGAGAAUGCGUGACGAACUUCAACCACACUUACGGUGGCUCGCACCUUGUUGCUCCACAGACGAUUCUCUCCCCUACAAAGCGCAUCAUGUCCCUUAGCGAGCCUUUGAAAAAGAUGUCCAAAUCCGCCCCCUCACCCCUCUCCCGCAUUCUCAUAACCGACUCUCCCAGCACCAUCUCCCAAAAAAUAUCAUCCGCCCUCACUGACUCCGAUAACUCCGUCUCCUAUGCCCCCACCGAACGACCCGGCGUCUCCAACCUCCUCACCCUGCUCUCAUCCUUCGAUUCUGAAGGUCGCAGCCCCCAGGUAUUGGGUGAUAAACUUGAGAAAGAGGGAAUGGGCCUAGGAGCGUUCAAGAAGCUUGUGGCAGGCGCUGUGAGUGAGGGGUUGAGUGGUGUGAGGGGGGAGUUUGACAGAGUUCUGAGGGAGGAUGGGUACGUGGAGGAGGUAGCGAGACGGGGGGCGGCGAGAGCGAAGGAGAGUGCCGAGGAGACUAUGGUGCUGGUUAGGGAUGCCGUUGGCUUGUGA